CCAACGCGUUUUACCCCUCCUUUGCUCUCGAUGCAACUUCAUCCGUGAACCACCUCUUUUCAAGCUUCUUCCCGUCUGCUCCCUCCAGUUGAGACCUCUUACCGCCACCACCGCCGUCCACAGUCCGGGCCUCUCCUGUGACACACACAAAAUGGGUCGGCCAUGCCCAGAGGUGGAUGAACCCCACUCUUGCGCCUUCUGUGAGGAACACCUCGCUCUCGAUUUCAGCAAAGUUGAUGGGGCCAUAUCGCCCACCCGUCUGGAACAGAUGCAGAAACGGCUCCUUCAAGUAGGGUUUCUCGGUCAAAAUGAAAGCCUCUACGACGACAAGUACGCCUGGUUUCGACUGGAGCUGGAAAAUUAUCAUAUAUAUGAUAUGAACCUUAACCUGUUUUGGUCCGAGGUUGUGGAUGCUUGCCCCUUGGCAGAGAGGAUCCGCAAACGCAUAGGCCAGAGAAAGGAAAACGACGAACACUACCUUCUAACAGCAAAGAUCAAAAGGAACUAUCAUGAUGAACAAGAUAUUGUCAGCAUCUCCUAUGACAACGUGAAGAUUGAACCAGAGACCCGCCCUUUUCAACUUGGAUGGCGCCUUCAGAGGAGUCAUGAACCAUUACUAUUCUCUAGCAGUGGGGAAAUGGGCUCAGUUCUGAGAAUGGAAAUUAUGGCUGACGAAGGAAGCGUAACGGCGCGAGAAUUUCCCCGGCGUGCCAUAAACCAUCACCCGCUUGAGCACACGCUUGAGCAUGCGCGUGGCUGGCUAGAGAGCUGUCUUCGUGACCACCCCGACUCUUCCGAAGUGCCCAAGUACAUACCGAAGCGGCUGCUUGAGAUAUCCCGAAGCCUUGAUGGCUCUUCAUGGGUUACUAUUGUUGAUGGCUCCACGCCAGUAGCAUACGCUGCUCUCUCAUACAAAUGGGGCGGAAUCCACGAACCGAGGUUGACCAGAUCAAGGCUCAAGGGCGCUGCCGCUUCAGCUCUGCAGUUCGACCUAGAGGUUCUGCCCAAAACCAUCGCCGACGCCGUAAAAGUGACUGAGGCAUUCGGAAUCAACCAUCUUUGGGUUGAUGCCCUGUGCAUUAUACAAGACGAUGACGCCGAUAAGGCCAGGGAAGUUGGCCAAAUGUCCCAGAUAUACAGUCAGGCCACGGUCACCAUACUUGCUUCUAGGUCAAAUUCGGCUUCGGAAGGGUUCUUGCACUGCCGCCAUGGAAGAGAAUGCCAUGAAAGCGCAGAGAAAAGUUACCUUUCCAAAUGGGAUUUCCGCUUACCAUACCGCACCUUUUGCGGUGAGCAGGGCAGUAUCAUCAUUACAGAACAGGGUCUUGACCCGUAUCAUCAAGAACCUCUGGACACUCGUGCCUGGGCGUUUCAAGAACUGUUGCUGUCCCCCCACAUUAUUAGCUAUGGUACAUUGUGGACAGUGUUCGAUUGCUUACGUGUAAUUCCGUCCCUCCCGUCACAAAGAAAUCGCGUUAGAUUCAGCGAUGACGGCGACAUAAUGCCGUACGAUAAGUUCGGUCCGAAAUGCAUACGUCGAGACAUUCGUGAGGUAUUACACAUGCCUUAUAAAGGAUCGGAUCACAACUUGAAUACUAAUCGAUGGGGGAGAGACCACGAUCAGCCAAUGGAUGAAAGCCUAUGGGAAUUGAGAAGAAAAAUGGAAGGCUACCAAUCGUUAUGGGAUCGGCCGCAUUAUCACGCUAUGUAUUUGUGGCAAGUAUUGUUGUCCUCUUACACCAGUCGAGGGUUGACAAAUCCUCAAGACCGCCUGAAUGGGUUCGCUGCCGUGGCUGAGGUCUUUGCAAGAUACUUGAAGGACGAAUACGUCGCUGGAUUCUGGCGAUCCGACCUGUUGGCAACCCUCAUUUGGGCGCGGAAGCUGACAUUUGGGCGGCACCCACAGAAGCGACCGACAGAAUAUUGUGGCCCAACGUGGUCUUGGGCCUCGAUUGUCGAGCCUGUCUGCCAUCCUAUAUCCCCAGGUUUGCUGCGUUGGGAUCGAAAUCUUUUGAUCUUGGAUUGCCAGGCAAAGCUCGUUGACGAAGCAACCAAGUUCGGCGCAGUAUCUUCCGGGUUCCUCAAGGUAACAGGGAAGAUAGUCCACGGCACAAUUGCGAUGUGUCCCUGUUGUGCGGUGAAGGCCAGCCUCCCAGAGGAAGAUGACCCAUUUGGAGUGAAUGUCAACUGGCCAACGGAAUUUGAACCCGAAGGUAAAGUAAGAUGGGAGGACCUGGGAUACCAUUAUCGUCCGGACGUACUGGAGCAGGACUUCCUGGAAGGCGAUCACUCCAUCCCAGUAGUCUUCUUGAUCAUCGGCUUUGGCCUUCGUCAGGUAUGCUACUGUCUCGUCCUUAGAGAGGCUUCGGGAGGUCUAUACACACGACUAGGCCUGCUGGAAUUUAUGAUGAUCGAAAGCACAGGAAAGUUCCCGAAUAUGGUAUGUGUAUUGAUGAGAAGCGUUGGGAUCAAGCUUUUCCUGUCGAGACACUUACCAUCAUAUAGAAGGAUUCAUAGACCAAGCUAGGUAGACAGGUUCCAAAACAGGAAACACUUGGGUAACUAG